AUGGCGUCGCGUCAAGCAAAAUAUCAUAAAAAGAGAGGGCGUCAACCACCUGCGUUACAGGGCAAUAGUGAGUUGUUCAUCCAGAAAGAAGCACUACCCAGUUCUUGCCGAAGAAGCGCACGCCUCUCUCAAAGAUAUCAUUCCUGUGAGCAGGAAACUAAACCUCCAACGAGCCGCUCGCUCGAAAAGGCUACUCUUCAUGGUCCAGUCUUAUCGCAGAAUCCACCUAAUAAGCAUAAACGACUACACUCCGAAUCUAAGCGUCUCUCUGAUAACCCCGAUCCUCCUUCGAAACGGCCACGAACCAACAGGGAUAGACUUAUCGAGCAUUGGACACUCAACGAAUAUAGGUGGCCCGAAAAUCCUUUAGAACGUGACACCAUGGAACACUUUCUUGCACGACCCAAAAGCCCAUCUCUUCGCCGGACAAAAUCAAAUGGUAGUCUGAACGCGCCGAGCGAAACAGGUUCACGAGAAGCAAAGAGUAGGCCCUACACCGACAAAAAUUAUGAGGUAUAUCUGGAGACUAAAGGUAGUUUUAUGGAACGGCAUAAGAAUGGCGUCAGUGGAGACAGUACGGACUUCUAUCAGGAGCUUCUGGUGAAAGAUGUUGACAUCCCUAAAGACACAGUAUUUGAAGACAAUGCUUUUGAGUCAACUUGUGAGAGACUAAGCAAGUAUAAUGAGACUGGAGUUAUUCGGAUCAUUGGUGAACUGAUCGUCCCCUCAGCCGGGAGUGCGAUGGAUCUCGGGCGUGUCACGUUCCCGCAUUUGGUUGUCAGCGUAAAUGAAAGCUGGGAUAGCUCGAGAGAAAUCGAUGAGGCUCAGCAAUUGCCACCACCUGCACAAGUUCCUCCACCAUCUCGUCCAUUUCGAUUAUCUCGCCCACAGCCGGAUUUCGGCGUGGGUUUUCCGCGGCAAGCUUUUACUAAAAAUCAACUUGGAAAACUUGCCCCAUUUGUCGGCAAUAUUGGGGAUGCUUCUUUCUUCAUGGGUACAGCCUACAUGUAUUUUCCGUUUAUGACAGCUGAAGUAAAGUGCGGGAAAGCAGCACUUGAUAUUGCAGAUCGACAGAAUGCACACAGCAUGACUCUCUCAGUAAGGGGUGUUGUCAAGCUCUUCAGACUUGUGAAGCGUGAGAAGGAGCUGCAUCAACAGAUUCUAGCCUUUUCAAUUUCACAUGAUCACUGCUCUGUGAGGAUAUACGGCCACUACCCUGUGAUCGAGGGAGAGAACACUACCUACUACCGCCAUCCCAUUCACAGGUUCGACUUCACAUCACUUGAUGGUAAAGAGAAAUGGACAUCCUACAAGUUUGUGAUGAGUGUAUAUAACGACUGGGCACCUUUUCAUUUUAAGAGGUUAUGCUCCGCUAUCGAUGAGGCUGAGAUAUUACAGCAAUCCGAGCUGAGUUUCUCAGAAUCAUCUGGACUUUCGCAGAGAGUCCAAGGAGUUGAUAUACAGGGUUCGAGUGUUACAUCUGUAUUGGAGGAGGAGACUCACUCUGGUUCAAAAAAUAUUCCCUCAAAUGCUGCUGAAAAGCAAUCUGCAGAAGCGUUCAAGAUGCCGAGGAAACGACGUAAAUAA